AUGCUUCAGCGGACCACUCUUGUGCAGUCCGUGCAAAAACGGUUGUUUGGUAACAGCCGUACUGUUUGCAAGUCGUCUUCUGCAUCUUUUGUUGCUGAUGUUGACCCAUACACUGUGACGACUUACUCAAGACCGCCAAUUGUUUUCACAAAGGGAGAAGGAUGCCAUCUUUGGGAUAUGGAGGGAAAGAAGUACAUCGAUUUUUCUGCUGGAAUUGCGGUGACUGCCCUUGGCCACUCACACCCCGAAAUUGCAAAAAUCAUGUACGAGCAAGCUACCACACUUGUUCACAGCUCGAAUUUGCUUUACAACCAGUGGACUGGUGAAUUGAGCAAACAGUUGGUUUCGAAAACUCUGGAAUCAGGAAGUAUGAAGAAUGCGUCCCGUGUGUUCAUGGCCAAUUCCGGUACUGAAGCUAAUGAGGCUGCGAUGAAGUUUGCCAGAAAAUAUGGCAAAUCGCUUGCUGAUAAUAAAAUCGAGUUUAUUACUUUCGAAAACUCUUUCCACGGACGGUCGAUGGGUUCGCUUUCGCUGACACCAAAUCCCAAAUACCAAAAGCCAUUUGCACCUCUCAUUCCUGGAGUCAAAGUUGCAAAACCCAACGAUAUCAAAUCCGUGGAAAGUUUGAUCUCCGACAAAACUUGUGGAGUGAUUAUAGAGCCAGUCCAAGGAGAGGGAGGAAUAUUUCCUAUGAAUUCGGACUUUAUGGUUCAGCUUAGAGAGUUGUGCAAUAAGCAUAAUGCACUUCUGAUAUACGAUGAGAUCCAAUGUGGAUUGGGGAGAUCUGGAAGACUCUGGGCGCAUUCCAAGUUGCCAGAAAGCGCUCACCCAGAUAUUCUUACCAUGGCUAAGGCUUUGGGUAAUGGAUUCCCUAUUGGUGCAACUAUGGUUACCGAAGAAGUUGAAAAAGCUUUGAAAGUUGGUGAUCACGGAACCACUUAUGGUGGAAACCCAUUGGGUGCUCGAAUUGGCUUAUACGUGCUGGACAAAGUUUCCAAUCCUGAAUUUUUGCAACAGGUUGAGAAAAAGUCUGAAUUGUUCAAGGUGAAACUCAACGAACUGAGCGAAAAAUUCCCGGAUCAGAUCAAAGAUAUCAGAGGGGAAGGCCUUUUACUCGGCAUGGAGUUGAACCAAGAUCCAUCACCAGUCGUUAAGAAAGCCAGGGAGCUUGGACUGCUGGUGAUCACAGCCGGUAAUAACGUUAUCCGAUUUGUUCCUGCUUUGAAUAUCGAGGACUCUGUCAUCAUCGAUGGCCUCGAUAUCUUGGGUAACGCUUUCCAAGAAACAUUUACUGAAUAAUUAGAUAUAUAGAUAUAACUGAUGUUUUUCAUAUAGUGUGAAUUAUGGACACCCCUUUUGCAUCGAUGACCAAUGAGAAAUAGAACCCUGCCAGAACACUGAUAUAGACCAGGAUCAGGAUUGAGCCUUUGAAAUAAUUGGACUUCCCCUCGGCAUACACGUAGGUGAACAUAUACACCGAGAUAAGUGACGCUAUGCAAUCCCAGCGAGGGAAUAUCAAUGAAAACAAAUUGUUAAUGUCAGCUGGCGUGGCAUUGAUGUUUCUGAACGAAGAGUACAUGGUGACAAUUGGGAUUUGCAGCAAACAGACCUGUAGCGCAUAUGCAGAUCCAAUCUCCAUCGACAGUGCCACAUUUCCAUGGGUUGCAAAUGAAAUAGCAUUGACGAAUUCUGUAGUGUUGGGCACCAACGCAAACACUGUCAAUCCAAGGAAUUUUGGAUCUAUGGGAAAGGCACUGAGAACAUCAUCCACAACAUCCACCAGUAUUUCCGCAAUGACAGCAUACAUUAAAGUUGCCAAGAGCAAAAUUGUAGUACUUUUCUUUCUGGACCAAUUCGGAGCGUCAUGGCCACCAUCUGUAGUUUGUAUAGUUUGACCCGGUAGGCCUUGCAGGCCUGGUUGCACAGCUUGCGAGGCUGGACUUUGCAUGGACUGCUUUCCUGGUGUUCCUCUUUGAAUAUUGCCCUGAGUUUUCUUAUGGUUGAUAGUGCUAUCAAGACGAAGUGAUUUGAUGCUUGUGUUCUCUGUUGCAUUUCCGCUAAAGUUCUCCGUCUUUUUCUCUUUUUCAGACACCACGGGGGUACUCCAAAUGAGCGCUGCGUGUGUCUUAAGAGUAAAGAGCAGUCCAAUACAGUAGGCCAAAAAUAGCCCUAUGGCACAAAUUGCUGCAAAAGGUCUCAAAUAGUCCAGAUAUAAUUUGUCCACUGCGAGAUUCGGCUGUAGAAAGUGACAUUUUUUGCAGUCUGUUCCAGUUUCGUAGUACUCAGGUUCGCAGUCAAAACAUUGAACCUCGUAUUGUCCAUAAAUUUCAUAUAAAAUUGUGGGAGAAAGCAUGACGAAUAUGGCAUAAAGGAGCAUUGUGGAGGAAACACCCGCUGAUGCAGGGUUGUAUCGUUGUGUCUUUCUACGAAAGGCUCCACCACACAUAGAAGUUCCGGGAAGAAGUAGAACGGCUCCCAAAAUGGAGCCUAUCAUGGAUCCCUCGACCAGCUUUCCUUUUGACUGAUUCAGCGCAAUACAGUACAAAAACACUUCAACAAUUGUGGAGAAGAACGCAUUGAUGACAGCACCUAGACCCAUUGAAGUUUGCGCAGAAAUAGAGGCAACUGCUUGACCGAUGAAGUACGCUAGUGGGAUAACGGAAACAAGACACAGAAUAAAGAUGACCACCGGAGAAACAAAGAGAGAUUCCAAACCAAAGUACUCUUUGAGGACGAAGAAAUCGAAAAUGGUGAAAAUCACCAGGAAUAUGAGGUUGAUAAAGAAAAUGUUGGUGCCGUCCACAGUGUAUUUGUAAUAGUGGAAACCGAGGCUUCUGUAAGUGCAAAUUAGAAUGGAUUCGUUGGAUGUAUUGGAAGCCAACUUGCGCUGGUAGUAAUCUUUUUCAAUCUCGAUGGACAAGGCUAACGGAUGUCUCCUGAUAUGAUUGCAAACAGUAAAAAGCACCUUGGCCAUCGGGAUUGUGAAAACAAGUAACCAUAAAGCUGCACCCAAUGCAAGCAUUAUUGGCUGAGCACAAGCAUAGAAUAAGAUAUAGAAGACGAUUCUUCCAAUAUUCCAUUUUCCUCUUCCAAAUAGUCUCUGCUUGUAAAAUGUGGUACCUUCGUCUUCAUCAAGUAUCUCCUCGAUAUUUUCAGAGUUUCCGUCAGAUGCAUAAUUGGUACCUAUAUGGGAUUGCAAAGGAGUACUUUCGCUUGCGCGUCUUUUUCGAUUCGGUGCAGCAUAGAACAAACGGCUCUCGUCUUGAGUUCUCCAUCUUGCAAAUUCGGCGAGCGUGCUUCCCACAUUCGCAUCCUCCGUGAGGUAGUUUUUAUCUGCUCUUAGUAAGAUGAUUUUUCCAAAUGGAACAAACAAAUAAGUGCCCAGAUGUAAGUACAAUUUUGCGUACCUGAUUGAUUCACUUUUCUUAGGAUUUGUAAAAACAGUGAACACUAAUGUAAUGCAGCCCAUCACAAGGCAAAGUAUAAGCAGAACAAACCCGAAAGUGCAACUCCAUAUGAAGUUGCAAAAUGCGUUUGUAGCAGAAACCUCCCUAGCGAUUUGCGGUGUCGAAUGGAUAUCGUUUUCUGCCUCAAUCUCGACUGAUCUGUUUUUCUUGUAGAUGGCGGGCUUCCAAAUACGGAUACCGAAAGGAUGUGUCUCAUUGAUGGCAUCUUGUCUGCCCCUCAAUGUGAAGCUCUCAGCUGAAGAUGUAGACUCGGCGUCUGAAUUGUCUCCAUCUCUUUCGGAGAGAUCUUGGGCAGAAAUACGAGGUUUUAUAGGCUGCCCAUCUUCGGCUUGCACAAACGAGUUUUCCUCACCGUCAUGGUUAAUAUAAUCUCCCUCCCGUUCUCGUAGGAUAGCCAAAUCUUUUGAAGUCGCCAACAGGUUUUGCGCAAUCUCGGCUUCCAGCUCUUGGAUUUUACGAGAUUUUGGAUCAUUAGAGUCUGUUUGUGUUGAAAUAGCCUUUUUGAAGCGAUGACGCAAUGCGUCAGAAUAGCCUUCCAGAUACUCUCUAUUCAAAUCCUCCUCAACCUCGUCUUCGUCAUCGUCAACGCUGAAAAUGUAUUUUGAACUUGGUGCUUUUCGUAAGAAGGGCCUUGCUUUACCUGGGUAAACAUUAGGCCCCGUAUGUGAGGGUGUACUCACUUUUGGAGAAGAAACUGAACUAUUACCACCUACAUUUGGAGAACCAGAUGUGCCUCCUUUAUCUUUGAGGAGAACAUAUUGUCGGUGGUGCGAUGCGGAACCUGUGUGGUGCGGUUGGUAGUUCAUAAGCACAUGGGUAGAGGGAAUCGGAGUAGCUCUCAUUGAUCUUGUGGAUUUCUGGGCUUUCGGUCCCUGUGUGUUACCGCUCUUCGAAGAGAGUGCAGGAGACAAGGGAACGGGAGUAUUAUCAUUGUUCUCUACUUGUGAAUUGGACACUUUUUUUGCUGAUUCUGAGUCGGACAUUGAAUGGCUGUCAACUCUUGAAUUGCCAACAAUUGAGGCCUUGCUUCUUUGCUUACAAAUUGAACGC